UCCUGAUUAAUAUCAUGGGCUUUGCUGGUAAAAGACAGCCACGGAGGCCGUGAAAUGAUCGACAAUCGCUGAUCUAUGACAAGAGUUUCCAAGCGAUGUAGAAGAAGCACAAACAAGUAGAAGAGGAACUUCUUUUUGAAGCUUACUAUUUCUAAGAUGGAUAAGUCAGUUGAUUCUGCAGACAUGUCUCUUGAAGACAUUGGCAUGAAUUCCAAAGACCUAUUGGACAAGAGAGAAAUUGACUGUGGGGGUUUUGGAAAAGUGUUCCUGUGCUGUCAUAAGAAGCAUGGCCUGGUUGUCCUGAAAACUGUGUUUACAGGGUGUAAACAAGAUUCAUACAAAAAUGAUCUUAUGCAAGAGGGAAAAAUAAUGUGUAAGCUGAAUCACGAGCGAGUUGUAAAGCUACUUGGUGUUAUCUUGGAAGAUGGCAACUACUCUUUGGUGAUUGAGUACAUGACAAAGGGAAAUUUGCUAAGUGUCUUAACUAAGGUUGUAGUGCCCAUUUCAGUGAAAGCUCGUUUUAUCAUGGAAAUUAUAGACGGAAUGAUCUAUCUGCAUAGUCAAAAAGUGAUCCAUAAGGACCUGAAACCAGAAAACAUUUUGGCAGAUGAUGAUUUUCAUGUUAAGAUUGCAGAUCUUGGCGUUGCAGCUUUCCAGAAAUGGAGCACUUUGACAAAAGAGGAAACCAAGCGCCAAAAGAGUCAGAGCAAAAAAACAAGUUCUUCCAAGGCCAGCAUUGGUGGGACGUUAAGCUAUAUGGCACCUGAGCACUUCAAAAAUAUCAACACGAAGGCCAGUGAAAAAUCUGAUGUGUACAGCUUCGGAAUAGUUAUCUGGGUGAUACUAAGCAACAGUGAACCUUAUGAACAUGUCAUUAGUAAUGACCAGCUUUCACUAUGUGUGAAAGGGGGCCAAAGGCCAGCCGUGACUGUGGAUAUUAAAGCAAGCUUAGAGGAGGCAGCCAAUCUCAUGGAGGAAUGCUGGAAGGAUGAGCCAGAUGAACGGCCUUCUUUUCAAGACUGUGAAAAACAAUUCAGGCCAGUGUAUUCUGAAAAAUAUGAGGAGAACAUUGAGCGUGAUAUUAAGAAAUUGCAGAAAGAUUACCCUGAACCAGAAGCAUUUAUACAAAGGAUGGCAUCUUUGCAGAUAGAUUGUGAUGCAGAAGAUCCCAGUUUGCCAGUGAGAGAUACGCCCAGGUCUUUGCACAGCUCUCUUGGCUUGGGACAAGGAAACGUGAAUGAGCAUUUGUUUAGGCCUUCCAAUGAGCCAGAAGAGAGUGAAGAAGAAAAGUUAAAUGAUAACUUGCAGCGGAAACUGGACGAAGAAAUGCAUUAUCAUCAGACUGGCAGUCAUAUUGACAACAUGGUUAACCCUUCCAACCCAGACGCUGUAAGUGAGCUCAGAAGCCGUAAAGUAUUUCAUGAACCAUGUGAUAUGCCUCCACAAACUCCAGGGAAUUUUACACCUUUCAAUGGACCGCACAGCCCUGAACAAUCUGCUCAGAUGGCCCCAGGCUACAAUUAUCAGUUUCCUGAGUAUUCUCCGGGGGCAUAUGGCCCCACCCCCAACAAUGUUGGAUAUGUUUUGCCUAAUGAAUACCAAAGAAUGCCCAAUUCACAUCUUUUAGAUAAUUCGUCAAGUACACCGGAACCAGCGGCAAGUCGUUAUGAGCAAAGCUGGCAAGGGUUGCCUGGUUCUGUACCGUAUGAUUCUACUAAAGUUCCUGUUGCAGAAUCUGGGAUGCCAAGUCUUUAUCCACAAUACGGAACCUAUCCAUAUGCUAGUGGUGUCAGCCACACAGUAGGCACGCCAGGGAAUACUGUGUUCCCUAAGGGAAACUUUGGCUAUUCAGAUACUUAUACUCCGAGUAGUUAUAUUCCAGGAUUUGCAUUUUAUUGUGCAGGUGUGACUGAUUACUAUGCUUUUUGCUUUUGCCUUUCCUUAGAUAAACUUGUCAAUCUGACUAUAUCAAAUAGUAGAGCCAUUCAAAUUGGAAGUGGUAAUUAUAUGUCAGUUGUGGAAUCACCAGUAAGGAACAGGCAUACCGCUCAAAAUCAGAACCACAGCCAUUAUAAACAGGCGUUUGAGAACAAUGCAUUAGUGACUGAGCAACAGCUUCGUCUUCUGAGAGAGAACUUGUCCAAGAAAUGGAAGGAGUUUGCUCGCGAAGUUGGAUUUCGACAACCAGAAAUUGAAGAGAUUGACCAUGACUAUGAAAGAGAUGGACUUAAGGAAAAAGUUUUCCAAAUGGUGUACAAGUGGCAAAUGAAAGAAGGAUCUAAGAAUGCCACAGUUGGCAAGGUGGCAAAGGCCCUAUAUGCUUUGGACGAAAAGGGCCUUCUUAAUGAUCUAAUUCAGCUGAACUAAACCAUGCAAACAC